AUGCCUUCAACUGCCAUGGUGAACAUCGACAUCAAAGGAAAGCUACCAAAAGUAGCGUCAGGGAAAGUUCGCGAUCUGUACGCUGUUGACGAUAACAUUCUGCUUUUCGUCGCGAGCGAUCGAAUUUCUGCAUACGAUGUGAUUAUGGAAAAUGGCAUCCCUGGCAAAGGCGCGCUCUUGACUUCAAUGUCAGCAUACUGGUUCAAGUACCUACCCAAUCAUGUGCCUGGACUCAGAACCCAUUUCAUCACUUCCUCUCUUCCUCCCAUUCUUGCCUCAGAGACCUACCUCCAGGAGCGAUCUAUGCAAGUUCGUCGACUUCGCAUCAUUCCCAUCGAAUCCAUCGUCCGGGGCUACAUCACCGGCUCUGGGUGGUCUGAGUACCGCAAGUCGGGCACUGUGAACGGAAUCAGCUUACCAGAGGGUUUGAUUGAGGGCCAGAAACUACCAAGUCCAUUGUGGACACCAAGCACCAAGGCUGAAGUGGGCGGAAAGGAUGAGAAUAUCAGCCCUGAAGCCGCACGACAAGUCAUUGGCAACUCAUCGAUUGCUGCAAAGGUGGAGGAAUUGAGUUUAGCCAUCUACACCGCCGCCGCAGCCCGUGCAGAAUCUGUUGGAAUCAUUCUUGCGGAUACCAAGUUUGAGUUUGGCCUGGACGCAGAUGACAACGUUGUCCUUGUCGAUGAGGUCCUGACACCGGACAGUUCACGGUUCUGGCCGAAGGAAACGUGGGAGAUCAACCUCGGAAAGGCUCAGCCAAGCUUCGACAAACAGUUUCUCCGGGAUUGGCUGACGAGCGAGGGGUUGAAGGGAAAGGAUGGGGUCACGGUGCCAGAAGAAAUCGUGAAGAAGACCGCAGAGAAGUACAGAGAGGCUUACGAAAAGAUUGCCGGGGCCAGCGCAUAA